GCAACGGACUCCACCGUUCCAACGGCAGACGCUGUUUUGUUGUUCGCAGAACUUAAGGUGGCUGGCUGGCUGCUUUCGUUGUGACACUUCUAUAAGUUCGUCCAUUUCCAGCCCAGAACCACAGCAAUCACUCGCUAUUGAAACGAUUCCUCUCUCGACUGACUCGAUUGUGACAGACGAAUCACGAUCAUGGAGACCAAGAGACCAAAAUAUCGCAUCCUCAGCUUCACAACCUCCAACAAGGACGACGAACGGCAAUGGUCCACGCUUGAGAUCCAGCUAUACGGCACUCGCUUUCGAAUACGAGUCUCGCCGACCAACUUCCGCAACUCACCUGUUCGGUCCGCGGAAUUCCAGAACGCCUCUCGCGCGCCUCCGCCGCUUGUUGAGUACAAACAGCUUACUUUGAGCGACUUUCUCGACACGGCUUUUUUCGAAUGCGAACUCACCGCCACCGACGAUAUUCUGGCUCCUGUGGAAAUCACGCCUGUCGAAUCGGACGAGGACUGCUGGCCCUCCUCCUCCUCCUCCUCCUCCUCUCCCCCCAAUUCCGAACCCAGGAACGUUUGGACGACGUCCUUCCCCUCCUUCAGCCCUCCCGAGGUGACAGUGAUCUACGACGACCUCGAGCAUCCCUUCGACUCGAACCCGGCGCCCAGUCCGGAUCCGGAUGACGCGGUCGCAAGGAAGGAGGUCGAGACGUACGAAAGGAUUGCUACCGCUACGAACCUUGGAGCCCCCGGUGUACGUACGUCCCGCCUCUUCGGCGUCGAAGAUACGCCUCUUACGUUCGCGGUGACACCGGAGACCCUGACUGCCGUGAUGGAGCGGUGGGCGCAGCAGAUUCGGGGUACGCUGGCUGCCUUGCACCGGGCUGGCAUUACUUGGGGAGAUGCCAAGCCGGACAAUGUGCUUAUCGAUGUUCAUGGGAAUGCGUGGAUUGUGGAUUUUGGAGGGGGCCGGACGGAAGGGUGGGUUGAUUCUGCGAAGGCGGAAACGGUGGAGGGUGAUUUGCAAGCCCUUGAACGAAUUCUGGACUUUAUCGAGAGGGGCGGCGAGGGACGGGGAUUAUCAGAUGGAUGA